AGUCAAGGGGAAACUGUGUCAUGACUGUGAAUUGUGAAUGCAAGCAAGGCCCAGAUAGGGCUAUGCUAAUGCGGUAGACAAAAUGGCGACGGCGGAAAAGAAAAAGCUGACAGAUCUUCGUGUAAUUGACCUUAAAUGUGAACUUGAGAAAAGAAAUCUCGAUAAAACAGGUGUGAAAUCAGUUCUGAUUGAACGACUUCAAAAGGCAAUUGAAACUGAAGGUAAAGAUCCUAACAGCUUUGAGUUUGAAGUCAUAGAAACUCCUAAGAAGCCUGCUAGUGCUGGGAAGUCGAAAAUGGAAGAAAACGGAGAUAGUAAUACUGAAAAGGCAGCUGAUGAGGAGGAACUGCUGGCUAUUGAGGCUGACCAGGUCAAUAACGCUGGAGAUGCUAUGGAAGAAGGUUUACCUGUUCAGGACAAACCUUUGCCUCAGCCUGAUGAGCUGAAUGCAGAAGACAAGACUGGAACUAUUGGUGGCCCUUCUGUUGGUCAGGAAGAAGUGCCCCUCAAUGAUGAGAAUGAUGUCGAGGCUGCUGCAGAAGAUGAAGCUGCUUUGAUGGAUGAUGCUAAUGUCCCAGAUGAAUUGAUGGAGGUACCUGAGGAGUUUGAAGAAGGUGAUGAGUUUGAUGUAGAAGGCAACCCUGAUGAUGAAGCUCUAGAUGAACAGCCAGAUCUGUUGGAAGACCCUGUUCACAGCACCGAAGAUAGUGGUGCUACAAACAUUAUCGCUGAGACUGUCGAACGUGAAUUAGCAAAGGAGGAACCUCUCCUUGCAGUGGCAGAGCCUUCAUCGACUGAUCAGAAAGCGGACGAUCCUGUAUCAGCUGAAGCGGACUCUGGCAGUGCAGGCGAAAACAACUCCAGUUCUCUCAGUGCAAGUGUGGCUACACCUACACCAAAAACCCCUGCGUCUGCAGGUUCGGCUAAUGUCCCGGCGGUUCCCUCUAAGGGAGAGAAUGCAUCCUCUGGACUUUAUGAAGGUGGAGACGACUCGUUUGUAGUUCAAGUAGACGAUACGGUGCUGAAUGAUAUAGACUCUGAUCUCCUAGACUCGACACAGUCUGGUGAUGGGAAACCUGCGGAAGCUGCACCUGCAGACGGAGUGGUGAGCCAGGCAGAGGAAGUGAAGAAGGAAGAGCCUGCGGCAAGUAAUGAGACAUCUACCGCUGACCCAGAGGUGGCUGCUGCUAAGACGAGUGAGAAGACUGACCCAAAGGACACAGCCAGCAAGCAAGCAACUGCAAGUAAAGAUGAAAAAGAUGGGAAAACUGCAGUCAAGAGCGGUCCUGCAAAACCAGUCAAGAAGGAUGAGAAAACCUCCCAGAGCAGUCGCAAUCUGUGGGUGAGUGGACUGUCUUCAAGCACAAGGGCCACAGACCUCAAGACACUGUUCAGCAAGCAUGGCAAAGUAAUUGGCGCUAAAGUGGUGACGAAUGCUAGAUGUCCUGGUUCUCGGUGCUAUGGUUUUGUUACCAUGGGAUCUGCAGAUGAAGCUACAAAAUGUAUUCAACACCUUCAUCGCACAGAACUUCAUGGUCGCAUGAUUUCUGUAGAAAGGGCAAAGACAGAGCCUCAGGGAGCAAAGGCUGUGGCUAAAGUUCUUCCUCCCAGUGGUAUCAAGUCCCCCUCGAAGCCUAACAGCAGGCCAGUAUCCAGAAGAAGUGACCCAAAGAGUGCUCCCGCCCGUAAGGAGGAGGCGAAAGAGGGUGAGAAAAAGGAAGGUGUUAAAGACAAAGAACCAGGCAAAGACACUGCAGAAAAAGAUGGGAAAGAGGAGAAAGGGGAAGAGUCGCGGAGUCAUUCACGCCAUAGAAGCAAUGAUCGAAGGCGUUCACCUAGCAGUGAUGGCCACAGAAGAAUAUCAAGGGACAGGUCUGACCUGUCAGACAAAGCAAGACGGGAAUUGGAUGUUCUAUCCUUUGAAAAAAUAAAGGCUGAAAGAGACCGAAUGAGGCUUAGAAACAAAGAAAUGUUUCUUCGCCAUGAAGAACGUAGACGUCAGCUGGGCAUAGAGCGAGAGCAUUACAAACAGCAACUUGUCGAGAAACGCCUUGGAGAAGAAGGACUCAAAUUAGAGCGAGAGAGGCGCAGACUUAGGGAAAUGAGGGAAGAACUGGAGCGUGAAAGGAUGGAAACAGAGCGCCUGAAGCUGGAGACAGAACGUUUACAGAUUGAAAGAGAACAGGAAAGUUACAGAAGAGAACAACAAAGGGUUCUUCAAGAUCGGCGCCCUCUCAAACGUCAUCUGGAUCGUGGUUCUAGAGAUGAAGAAUGGUCAGGCAGCAAACGACCGAACGAACGUUACCAAUCAGACGGACGACCACCUCGUUAUGAAAGAAAAGCAGAACGUUUUGAAAGACGUGAACAAGAAAGACCACCUCGAUAUGAAAACCGAAGAGAGGAGAGACCAGCUCGCCAUGAGAGAUAUGAAGAACGUGAGCGAGGUGGGCGAGAAAGGGAGCCAAGAGAAAGGGAAUACAGGAGCCGGGAAGACCACCGAUCCGGUUAUAGGGAAGAGAGGCCAAGAGAGCCCCGAUCAUCACGGGAGGAGAGAGUGUCAGGCCGAGACUCUGCCCGAGGGCCGCAGAGGCAUGAAUCCAGGUCUGAAUGGAAGUCUGAACGAGAGACGAGAGGUGGGUCUGGCGGGAGUUCGAGCAUCUGGAACGGUCCGGUGGAUCGCGAGAUGGAGAGUGGCUGGAGCCAGAGUGGCAUGACCGCGGCUAGCUUGACUCCAGCGGAGGGCUGGGAGAGCGGCGGGGUUGUCAUGUCACAGCCGGGAGGGAGUUUCACCAUGCAGCAGGGACCCAUGAUGGCCAGCGGGAUGGGAGCAGGACCUGUGUUCAUUGCUCAGCCCGCCAUGCAGGGCCCGCCAGUCAUGAUGCAGGGCAGCCUGAGUCGUCAGGGAGACGGACGCUACAGCAUGACCACAAGCACUGUGCGCAGAUUUUAAGGACUUGUGUUCUCUGGCGCAAUCCUUCUUUUAUGGAUCAGGGUCUUUUUAAACGUUUUUAUUCUUGCCCUGAAACAUUCUCUGUGCUAAUACUGUGGUCUAUGCCGAACAUCCCACCACUUAUUGUCCUGGUUUUUCCCAGUCAUAUGUAAGAAUUUUAGCAGGGGGGAGGGGGGUGCUUAUCAUAAUAAAAAUGUUGGAAUCGUUACAUUUUCUAGCAGUCAUUUUAGUGCCUGUGGCUUACAUAGGUUCCCAACGAGUAUCAUUUGUGUGGCUUUAUGUUGUGGGUGGGUAGGAGGUAUAGGACUUUGAUCCUCCUCUUGUGUCAAGUCAUUGGAAACUUUGCUCUACCCUACUAGAAUACUCAUCCUCACCCACAUUUCCUUGUUAGACACAGUGCUGAUUCACUCUUUUGGCUGGGCACCAUUGCCUAACAUCUGCAUUUGUUGCCAUUUUAUCACCGAAAAGUUGCCACAAAAAUGGCAAAAGUUGUCAUAAAAUUUGCCAAUAAUUUUCAAGCUUUCAACUCUCUGACGACAAAUAUAGCAAUAUGUUGAUAGAGUUAUUUUAAUCUAAAGCAUCAGAAUUUCUUGUGUUCUGUUUCAAGCAUCCAGAAAAUCAUUUGUAGCCACACAAAGUAUAAAAGCCUGAAAAAUAAAGGUUUCACAACAGAAUGAAAUCAAAAUUAGAAUAGAACAUUAACGACCACAAAAAUUAACACAGGGAUGCCAAAUCUCCGGUUUUUCCAUUUUUUUCAUACACUUGCAAAGGAAAGGUGAAUGGUGAGAGAAACGUUUUUGAUUGCUCAUUUAAAGAUUUUACAAGGUUCGUUUUAGGUGAGGUGUGAUGCUGUGCUCAUUUUCAGGUUUUUUGUUUUCAAAAAUCAUUUGGCAUCCCUGUUAACAAAUAAGGGCGUGUGUCCACCUGUCCGAAGAGUGGCUGUUUUAAACCUAAACAUGUGUUAUUCAAGAAAAAGUACAGGAUAUUACAUGUAAAUUGUGGAAUCACACACAAGGGGCCUGCCAGUGUCAGUACAUGUACAUGAUGUAUUCGGUUUUGGUGGAGACACGCUCUCACAUAACGCAUUCUUUUUUUUAAAGGUAAGAACAUCAAAUUAAAUUAUAUUGACAUUACGAUAACACAAAAAAUAGGAUACCCAUCAGAACAAUAACAAGAAAGGAAAAUAACACACCAGCAAAUUAAAACACAACAAAGAGAGAAAAAUAGAAGAAAAACAGCAAUAUAAAUAGUAUAUAAUGUACAAGACUUUUUUUCACAUGAAAAGAACAAACGUGGGGUCAGCAAGUAAGAAAGAGAAGUGAAACGGAAGUGAAAAUAAACUUUCUUUCUAUAAAUAAGUAAAGAGGUUGGUUUUCUUUUUUGUUUCUUUUUAGUUUUUUAUACCCCGUUUUUUUUCGAUUUUAUUCCCCUAUAGUGUGGUUUUUUGAAAAAUGCAAAAAAUCGCCACAAACGUAGAUGCUAGCAUUGCAUAAUGGGUUGUGGACCACACCAGGCACUUUUACCUCCGACAUUAUUUUUCUUGCCAGGGUCUAAGUUUUCAUGUUAUCUCGGAGAGGAGGGGCAGUGGGGUGGGACUUUAGAUGCCUUGAGACUGGAUGACUAGCAUAUAUUCAGACCAAUUGUAAAGGCUACUUUGAUCUUUUUCCAUACCCGGUUCAUAGACCUGCCAUACUGGGAUCACCCCUGUUGGUUUCAAAAUGAGGGGAAAUUAUGUUGACUUGUUCAUGAGCUGUUCCUUAUUGUUUGGCCACUUAACAUGAAGCAGCUCUUUCUACACAACAGAACACAGAAACCUAAGGUGGAGACCAUGAUAUUGCCUAAUGGUUACUGCUGUUGAACUGGCUCGCACUGGAUUUUGAAAAACUUUUAAUGAAUAUUUUCUCUUUUUGUCAGCUGUUUAUUGGAAUCUGAUUCAAGGAGAUGAAGAACAAAGCGUUAAAAGUCUGAACAUUUCCAUGGUUACAAUGUUACUGUGUUGCUUUAAUUCCUGACUCCAUUUCCGUUGUAUGUUGGUGAAGGGAGAGAGAAAUUUGUGGCCAAUGUGCUCUGUGUUUGUCAUAAUGUUGUGAAAAGGAAAAAUGUGUAAAUAUUAGCCAUUGGUGAUAAGAAAGAUUGUUUUAUAUUGUUUUGUUUGAGGUUUUCUUUCCCAGUGUGUGUAGACGCAAAGAUUGUCACCAAAUAUUGCUUGGUGUGUCAGAAUGCUGUUUCAUCAAAUUGUCCACCAUUGAUAUUUUUCAUUGUUUUUGUAUGGAAGCAUCAUUAAAGAAAAUGGCACAUCUUUA